AUGUCAUUAACACGUUUUGCUUUCAUAUCGUAUGUGUCGACGACGAGACAGUUUUGUGUAACAAGUUCUCCCUUCAGUCGGAAUUUGACCACAUCCGUUAUCAGAAACAAAGUGCGCCGUGAUUACUUUAAAAUGUACGUCGCCGAAGAAAGAGGAUCUCCGUACUCACCUGACUACCGGGUUUACUUCAAGGACGAGAGCGGGCCGAUCUCACCGAUGCACGACAUCCCGCUGUGGGCGGACCGCGAGCAGCGCCUGGCGCACAUGGUGGUGGAGGUGCCGCGCUGGACCAACGCCAAAAUGGAAAUCAGCCUCGGCGAGAAGCUCAACCCCAUCAAGCAGGACAUAAAGAAAGGCGCUCUGCGCUACGUGUGCAACGUGUUCCCGCACCACGGCUACAUCUGGAACUACGGCGCGCUGCCGCAGACGUGGGAGGACCCGCGCCACGUGGACGCGGCCACCGGCGCGCGCGGGGACAACGACCCCGUCGACGUCAUCGAGAUCGGCUCCCGGGUAGCGGCCCGCGGCGACGUGCUCACCGUCAAGAUCCUCGGCACGCUCGCGCUCAUAGACGAGGGCGAGACCGACUGGAAGCUCAUCGCCGUGGACGUGCGCGACCCGGAGGCCGCCAGGUUGCACGACGUGGCUGACGUGGAGCAAGUGUUCCCGGGCCUGCUGCGGGCCACCGUCGAGUGGUUCCGCCUCUACAAGGUGCCGGACGGCAAGCCUGUCAACCGCUUCGCCUUCGACGGCGAGGCUAAAGACGCCGCCUUCGCGCAUAAAGUUAUCGACGAGGUGCACGAGUUUUGGCGUGCUUUAGUUUCUGGUGAAACAGACGCUUCCGACAUUUGCAAGAGCAACGUGAGUGUAGAGAGCAGCCCACACCGCGAGCCGCGCGAGCAGGCGGCUGCUGUGCUCGCCGCCGCGCCGCCGCUCGGAGCUCCCUGUGCGCCGCCCGCCACAGUGGACAAGUGGCACUUCGUCUCCAACCUGUGA